GCAGGAACAUUUUCUUAUAUCAUUAUUCUCCUUGGAUGACAAGGUUGUUUGCGCGGAGGUAAGCACACCAAUUGGUCGAUGUGCUACUCUAGGGUAUACAAACAGAAGCAUGGAGCGAUAAUGAAAUAUACUAUAUUUGCUGAAGGUUUCCAAGGCGGUCCAAGAGAUAUCCCUCCCAAGACAGAAGACUGCACGUUUACGAAAGGUUUCUGCCCGGUGGUGGAAAGGUUGCUACCAGAAGGAAACUCAGGGUCCACCCUCUUAAAGGUUGUCCUAGUAACCUUAACGGUACCUUAAUGGCUAAUUUGCAUGAAGGGAAGAUUAAUGAGA